ACCGACGGACAAGCAGGAAGAACACAGCCGGGUUGAGGAUGGCGGCGGUCCUCCUGUGUUUCCUCCUGGCCAGUCCAGUCCUCCUCGCUGCCUCCAGCCCAGUUUCUGGCUCCAACAACGGGACUGUUCCUCUGGUGCUGUGGCAUGGCAUGGGCGACAGCUGCUGCAACCCGCUCAGCAUGGGGGCCAUAAAGAAGAUGAUGGAGGAGGAGAUCCCUGGCAUCUAUGUACUGUCGCUGAUGAUCGGGAAGAACGUGGUGCAGGACACAGAAAAUGGGUUCUUCAUGGACGUGAACCAGCAGGUGUCUCUGGUGUGCAGCCAGCUGGCUCAGGACGCCCGGCUGAAGGGAGGAUUCAACGCCAUGGGCUUCUCUCAGGGCGCCCAGUUCCUGAGAGCUGUGGCUCAGCGAUGUCCAUCCCCUCCCAUGAAAACCCUCAUCUCUGUGGGCGGCCAGCACCAAGGUGUGUACGGGCUGCCCAGGUGUCCCGGUGAGAGCUCCCACAUCUGCGAUGUGAUCCGUAAAGCUCUGAACAGCGGGGCGUACUCCGACAUGGUCCAGAAACACCUGGUCCAGGCCCAGUACUGGCACGACCCGCUCAACGACGACCUGUACAAGAAGCACAGCCUCUUUCUGGCCGACAUCAACCAGGAGAGGGCUGUUAACGAGACGUACAAGAAGAACCUUCAGCUGCUGGAGAAGUUCGUCAUGGUCAAGUUCCUGCAGGAUUCUGUGGUGGAUCCGGUUGUUUCUGAGAUAAGAACAACAGCUGAGGUUUCAUCCUCCCCCACGAAGAGGAACCAUCUUCACGGCUGUGAAGCAGCUCAGAGCAUCCAGAGCAGGAGCAGGACAACAAGACGGCUGCUCAUAUGCAAAGGAGGCAGUCAGAUGUGCAGAAGACAACCAAUCAGAAGGAAGACACACCCUGAAUGCUUAUGCACCUGUAAAACUAGAUAUAAGGCUGAGUCAGGGGAAGAAUACACUGCAAAAACUCUAAAUCCUACCAAGUCUAUGUGUCUUAUUUUUAGUCUAAAUGUCUCAUCCCACUUGAUUUAAGAUAAAUUCACUGAACAAGAGACAUUUCAGCAGAUGGAGGGACUUGUUUUAAGACAAUGCAUCGGAAAUAUCUCGUUAAGUCAAACAAUCUGGAAAUUAUCUUGUUUUGAGUUGAAUUUUACAAGAAAACUCAAAAUAAGUUUAAUCCUCAUGUCGUCCUGCAGGUCAAAUUAACCCGUUUUAAAGUUUGAAUAUGUGGUAAAACAUAUAUUUUCACAGUGAAACUUCUGAUGUCCACAUUUUCAACAUUCUUUGGAAUUUUUUGAACAUUUUUUGGUUGAAAAAUAGAAAUGUUAAAAAUGUUUCUUAAGAACAUUCACAUAAAAUCAAAUUGAUUUUUAUGUGAACGUUCUUAAAGAAAAUUAUAUAUGGAAUCACUAGAUAUUUUUAGGAUUUUUUUUGAAGAUUUUUACUCAUUUUUUGAAAAUGUUUACACAAAUUUUUUUGCCAAAUUUUUUUUAAAAAUAAAACUUUUAAGGGAAACUUUUAAGGAAUUAUUGGAAUUUUCUUCCUGAAGGUUUUGCAAAUUUUCAGAAAUUUGGGGAAUUUUCUGCAGAUUUUUUGGGAUUUUUUUCAGACGAGGAAACCAUAUUUUUGGUGCCUGUAAAUGAGGACAACAGGAGGGUUAAUGCAUCUCAAAUUAGGAGGUUACAUGAAAGCAAAAAUCUAUUUUUAAGUGAAAAACUGCUUCUUUUUUUAGCAUGUCUGGCUUAUUUUAAGACACCUAAGCUUGACAAUCCUGGUAAAAUAGAGCUGAAAAUAAGUUUUCCCAGCUAAUUUUAAGCUCUCAAUAUUCUAAAUAUCAUAUUGUAUUUCAAGAAAUCUUACCAAGACAUUUUUCACUUGUUCUACUGGCAGAUUUUUCACUUAUUUCAAGGUAAAAAAUUCCUUGAAAUAAGUUUUUUUUUCUUGUUUUGAGAGGAGCAUUUUUUCCAGUGUAGAGAGUCAGACUUCAUGAACUGACAAGGAUCCUGUUGCUGUCAGGGAUAGAAGUUUGGACCCAGAGCUCUGUAUGCUAUAUUCAAUUUACUGUUAAAUAAACAUGUUGAAUGAGACCUAAAUACCUUCUCCUAUUGCUUCAUUCAAUGAAUGUGCAGGAACUAUCUCACACAUGGUCUGUUUUCCUGGUGGACUGACAUUGUGCUCCAACAAUCAAUAAUAAAUAAUUGAAUAGAAAAUAUUUCAGAAUACUUUGUGAGUUUCCUUUUGCUUCAGACUGUGUAAGAAAAUAUAUUACGUUCUUUACUAAAUGCAACACAAAGAAUUAUUUAUACUCCUAUCCUAGUUGGGUUUUUGUGUUCAGCUUUGCUUUCUGUGAGGUUUAAUAAAUUCAUUUGAUUACCCAGACCUGUCCAACAUGGUGUGUUUUUCUGCACUGUGGGUUCAGACCUCUGCUGCCCCGUGACAAUUUUCACCUCUCCAGCCUUGUCAAGCCAUGGAACGUCAAAGACUGAUGGAUCAGAUGAAGGCGACCAGGCCCAGGAGGUGAAUGAGGAGGUUCUGCUGCCAUCACUGAAGACUCCUGAUCUGGCAGACAGUUUGUCUAAGACCAUGGACCACAACAUCCAGUAAAACUUACAUUUCUCAGACACAGGAAGACAAGUCUGAAGAACAGGACAACCAGAAAUCAUAAGACAGCAAAUCUGUCUCCACUGACUCUGGUAGUUUCUGUAUGAAUUUCCUAUAUCAUCUGCAGAAUGAUCAUCUACUAUGUGGUGGAAUUUCAACAGUUAACAGUUUACCUCACUCAAAUGUAGAGAUGUGGAGAAGAUGGACAGAAAAGCUGCAUCAUGUCCCAGAUCCAAACAAUAACUGAAUUCUAGGCAACACACUUGUUAAUAAGUGGUAGUCUGUCUGUCAGCACGUUUCUGUGUACAACUUGGUUCAUGCAUGAAAUGUGCAUUAAGAGUAUUAGCUUAUUAAUGUAGACACACUCCUUUCAUUUAAUGAGUUAAAGUGAAGUAAAACACACACAUUGUUAGAAAUAAAUAACAAAGAAAGCCAGAAAUGCAGCCGUUAAACUAAGUUCAAUAAAAAUUUGUGUUCGGAGACGAAUGUCGGCCUUCAUGUGUGAGAAAUGACUCUUUCCUCUAAUCUACUGUGUGCACUGGGUUCGUACAGACAGUUUUUAUUUUUGCACAACAGACAACAACUCUUUAAGCCUAAAUAUGUAAAGCUGGAUGGAUAAAUUCAGAGCAAUUCUACAAUUUCAUUUAGCAGAUUUAGCGCUCUGAACAUCAAGUGGAAGCUCUAAAAUCAUCUGAAGAUCAACACGAGUGAUGCUGAGGAGAGAUAAGGACACUUCUUCCCCUUUCUAACAGUCCUGCAGAAAACAAAGCAAUGAUUUAGAGCUGCUAUGUUAUCCAGGACCCCCAUGUUGUUGUCAGGGAGCUUAUUUUCUUCACUUUUCCUCUUUGUUCUGUUGUUGGCAGCAAACAAGAAGCAGUCGACCACAUCUGGCUGAUCUGAGGACUGUGUUUGUGUAAAUGAAACUGUCUGACAUUAGAAACACCAUAAACUAAGCUUGUGGUGCAGUUUUUAAGCACAGAGCUGUUUCUACAUGCAGAUGUCUAAAAAUGUAGACGAGUAAACAAUGUUCCCUGUAAUUUUUCAGUCUGAGUGUGAGCAAACACACAAACUCCCUGAGCGUUCCUUGGACCACUGUGAGCAACAUCAGACGUGUGCACUGUGGUCACACCAGCAUCACAUCCAUUCAAGUUACAUGGUUCAUUAAAAGAAUCAAAAAAUAUAUAUAUAUUACUAGUAAUAAUAAUGACAAUAACUAUUGAAGAGCACGUUUCUUAUUUGCCAUGUUUGUCUGUAACCCAAUGUACUCUUCAUUAUAUUCUGUGUUAUGAAACAUUUAAACGGUGCUGCUACAUUCAUGAGAUGCUCUACAAAUACAGACUGAUGUCAUUUUCACAUGGGGCUGGUGCAAAUAAAGAUUUUAUGGAUUAUUA